CACAAAGUUAGAUUCUUUCUUCUCAAGUUGCAAACUUUUAAAUAAUCACUAUAAUUAACAAACUCAUGUCUUCUUCCAUUUCAAUUUUGACUCCAUUUCAGUGAGUAAUUAAUCCUUUAUUCAAAUAAGCUCAGCAAAAAUACAUUUGAUUGAUUAUGGCAGACAAGCCUAGCAGAGCACUGGUGUUAUACGGUGAUGGGUUGGCCCGAUUUCUCAACCCGACCCAUACCCACCUCCAUUCUUUCGCUUCUCGAGCUUGCUGUGGCUUCUUGUCUCUUCCUCACUCUCCUCCUUCAGAAACGGAGGAUGCAAGAAUAGUCAGAGAAUUUGCUGAGCUAGUGGAUGCAAGUGAAGCUUAUCUUAACCAGAAUGAGGCAGAAAUUUCUGAAACACAAACUCAGGAGAAACUUGUAGCGGCUACAAUAUCAGAGAGGUUUAUGGGGAUGAAAGCUGCUGUCAUCAGUGAUGAUUUAAGAUUGAAGAGUUUCUGUGAUAAGCUCGGCUUCACCGUCUUAGAGUUGAAUGAGGUAAUUGGCACCGUUAUUGACCAGGUCGAGUCAUCCGUCUUAGCUUCCAAAUUGUUAGAGUUGCUGGGUUUUCAACAAGGGAAGACCUUAGAGUCGAGCCAAUUUGAUUUGGUUAUCCUUCACGUUGGAGCUGGUCAAAGGACAAAUGGCCUGAAAGACUUGGAUCAUGUCAAUCGCUUGGUCGGCGAUUUAAUGCAAAUGGCACAUCCCGGAACGGAAGUAGGUUCUAGGUUGCACAUGUCAGUUGUAUUGAGCUAUGGUGUUGUUCGCGAGGAUGAUGAUUCCAUGUAUUCCAUUGCUGACGCUAGACCAGAGAGUAACUCUAAACUUUCUUGUAUUUUCCCUCGUCAAAGUUAUACAAUUAAAGAAGGAAAACCACGACCGAAUGUUAGGCAGUAUUGCCCCAUGUUAGUAGCCCAGUGGCAGAAUGCGGUGACUCGAAAAGAUAUGGCGGAGGCAUAUUUAUACAAGGAUUUCAAAGAGUAUGGCGCAAACCUUGUGAUUCCAGCUGAUAGAUUUUUACAUGAAGUGGCAUUUAAGAUGUGGAAGGCUCCAAAAUACGGAGCUUGAGGUAGAAGUACAGGGAAAGCGUUGAUAAAAGCUCUGUAUGAGAUGAAAAACAAUCCGGCGUUCUGAAUCCAGAUUUGUCAUUUUGGAUCUUUAUUUUGAUAAAUGAGGCUUGAUCGUAGCAGGGGACUCUGAUCACCAAAUAAUGAGGCUUGAUCGUAGCAGGGGACGCUUCUGAUCACCAAAUAAUGCCUUCCUAGGAAUAACAAGAACUAAUAAUCAGUCAACCGGAUAUUCAUGGCACCUCUUUCAGGUGUCAUUUUCUACUUUUUUGUAUAAAAUGUACCCUUGUUGGCAAAUCAGUGGUCUGAUAAUUCUAAUGGUUUUUCUUUCAGUUGUCCUUUUCUAUUUUUUUUUCAUUACUUCAGCUUACCGAGUACAUGACCCUCGAUAAGAAGGUAUGGAGGACGAGUAUUAGGGUUGAAGGUUGACAGACAGUCGUAAGUCUCUCCUAGGCGUGGCAGUAAUACUAGUUCUAUUGUUGUAUUUUCUUAUUCUUGGUCCGUUAUUAGUACAUGUGUUAUUCGCUUCCA